CCGGUCUGGAGAGGCCGGGUCAUGACCGCCGCCACCGGAAGUUGUGUGCUGCUGUUCGCCGUUUCCCGAGGAGCGAAGAUGGCGGAGAACGGCAAGGCCAAGAGCGGCUCUGCGGGCGGCGGAGGCGCGGCUGCCAAGGCCCUGACGGCCGAGCAGGUGGUGGCUGGAUUUAAUCGCCUGCGUCAGGAGCAGAGAGGCCUGGCCUCCAAGGCAGCUGAGCUCGAGAUGGAGUUGAAUGAACAUAAGCUGGUUAUUGAAACACUCCGAGAAGUGGACCCUACCAGGAAGUGCUACCGCAUGGUGGGAGGCGUGUUGGUCGAGCGGACCGUGAAAGAGGUUCUCCCAGCCUUGGAAAACAACAAAGAACAGAUCAACAAGAUCAUCGAGACGCUGGGCCAGCAGCUGCAGACGAAAGGCCGGGAGCUGAAUGAGUUCCGGGAAAAGCACAACAUCCGCCUGAUGGGCGAGGACGAGAAGGGCCCUGCCAAGGAGAGCGCGGAGGGGACGGGCGCCAAAGCCAGCUCUGCGGGGGUCCUGGUCUCCUAGUGGCGGGAGGACCGCCUCGCCAAGGACUUUAGCCCUCGCUUCGUGCUUUUCCUAAAGGCUUAACUUUAUUAUUAUGUUGGUGUCAUCAUAUUUUUGUUAAAUAAACCGGUUUUUGUGUGUCACCGAAA